GUUGGGACAAAUGAAGAAAAUUAUUUCUAUGAUUUUGUUGGGAAUGGUUGUGUUUGUUUUGAAUGGAGUACAUGGUAACGCCAAUUAUAGCGAAAGUCUUUCUGAAAUUGAUGGGAGGUUGAAGCUUCUCAAUAAGCCCGCAGUGAAGAGCAUAAGGAGUGAAGAUGGAGAUAUAAUCGACUGUGUUAACAUCUAUAAACAACCUGCUUUCGAUCAUCCAGCAUUGAGGAACCACACACUUCAGUUGAGACCGAGCAUUAAUCUACCAACCCAGAAGGUGGAUAAAAGGAACGAAUCUGGUCGGCCAGUGGUAAUUCAAACUUGGCAAAAGAAUGGAACUUGUCCAAAGGGAACUGUUCCCAUUCGUAGAAUCCGAAAGCAAGAUUUAUUAAGAGCAGCUUCUCUUGAGAAUUUUGGAAGAAAAAGUCCGGAAAUUUCUUAUGCAGCAAAAGGAACAGAAGCUAAUAAUAGCAAAUUUAUAAACAUAAACAAUACCAAAAUCGACAUUGGUGGUCUAUCUACGGUUGACCGUUCAGCUGCAGUUCUAGUUACAGUUGGAUACAACUAUUUAGGAGCUCAAGGAGAUAUAAACGUUUGGAAUCCAAAUGUUGAUUUGGAAGAUGAUUAUACUGCUGCUCAAAUAUGGCUUAAAGGUGGCCCUGGCGACAGUUUUGAAAGCGUGGAGUCGGGAUGGAUGGUAAAUCCCAAGCUAUAUGGUGAUAAACGCACACGAUUUUUUGCAUACUGGACUGCAGACAGUUACAAGACAACCGGUUGUUUCGACCUCACUUGCACUGGGUUUGUGCAAACAGACCCCCAAAUAGCCCUUGGUGGAAGCCUUGAUGCCAUAUCCAGUAUUGACGGUCAGCAGUAUCAAAUGACUAUUAGCAUAAACCUGGAUCCGAAUUCAGGUAACUGGUGGUUACAGUAUAACAAUCAAGUUGUUGGGUAUUGGCCAGCAAUUCUGUUCAGUGUCCUAAAGCAUAGUGCGAUAUUAGUGGAAUGGGGAGGACAAGUGUUUAGCCCGAAGGUGAAGAAAACUCCGCACACAAGAACAGCUAUGGGAAGUGGAGAAAUGGCAGAUACUCUAAUGGGUAGUGCAUGCUAUAUCAAGAACAUAAGAAUUAUAGAUAAUUCUCUUCAAUUGAAGUACCCUGAAUGGGUAUCCACUUGGGGUGAUGAAAAGGACUGCUAUAGUGUAGUAAAUGACGAAAAAGACUAUAAAGAUGGACCUGUGUUUUUCUUUGGCGGGCGGCCUGGAAAAAGUGUUUACUGUCCAUAAACAGUGAAUCAGAAUAUAAUCGGUUAGAAUAAUAGUGAUUGUCACAGCUCUUCAGCUCUACAAUAAAUAAAUCAAAU